CAACAGCAACCGGACGAAACCACUGAGGUCACGAGAAGUGCUCCUGAGACCGAGGAAGAACGUGCUGCCAGAUUGGCCAAGCAGGAAGAAAUCGACGGCCGUUCCAUCUAUGUGGGCAAUGUGGACUACCAAUCGACACCUGAACAAUUGGAAGAGUUCUUCCAUGUCGUGGGAGUCAUUGAGAGAGUGACAAUUUUAUUUGAUCGCUACUCGGGAUUGCCCAAGGGAUACGCCUACGUUGAAUUUGAAAAGACAGAGAGUGUAGAACGAGCCAUCGAGGAUUUGCAUGGCAAGGAAUUCAGAGGCAGAGAAAUAAGAGUCAGUGCCAAGAGAACCAAUUUGCCAGGGUUCAAGAAGAGAGGUGGAUUCAGAGGAGGAUUCAGAGGAGCCUUCAGAGGUAGCCGUGGAAGCAGAGGUCCCAGAGGAGGUUUUAGAGGAGCCAGAGGUACCUUCAGAGGUCGUGGC